AUGCGUAAGGUUUUCCAAAGGGAUGAGAAUCGGUCUUUAGUGGAAAGAUUAAUAAAAUACAAAGCUAAGGAUGCAGAUAAAAUGAAUGAAGAAAAUGAACACUUCCUCAAGUCAAGCAACCCUACCGCGUUUUUCAUCAAACCGUUUGCUAGAGUUAGUUUUGGAAAGAAAAACGAUAAAGUCCGAAAGGAGCUUGAGGAGGCGGCGAGGGAAAGUGGGAGCCGGAGUAGCGGGUCUGGUGGCAGUACUGAUGAAAAAAUAUUGGACUCAAUGCCAUAUUAUGCAACAGUAUUACCGAAUAAAGUGGCGUUGAGAUUUGAUGCGCAUGACGGUGAAGUCAAUUCUGUGAAAUGGAGUCCGACAGAUAGAAUCGUUGCAACUGGAGGUGCAGACAGAAAAGUCAAAUUAUGGGAUGUUUCUAAAUGUAUGAUAGAAAACAGGGGAACCCUAGUGGGCUCGAAUGCAGGCGUGAUGUCUGUAGAUUUUGAUGCUACAGGUGCAUACAUUGUUGGGGCUUCCAAUGACUUCGCGAGUCGAGUGUGGACAGUCGGCGAUCAAAGAUUAAGGGUAAGUCCACUAUAA